CAUGAAUGAAUACCAUAAGAUUUGUAAAUUUUACACAAUUCAAUUAAAAUAUCAAGUUGAAUAUACCCUCUUAAUGUCCAACAAUAGACAACUAUCAUCUCUCCCUCUUCUUUUUUUUUUUUUUUGAUAACAAAGUACAAGAUCAGUUCAAACGAGCCAAUUAAAAGGAAAAUCACUGACAUAGGUAAUUUGAUGCGACUCUACUCUAGCACGACGCACCAACUUGUCCGCACUAUCAUUUUGUGAACAGGGGAUCAGGACUACAGAGAAUGAUAGGAAUUCUUCCUUAUCUAUCUCUUCUUAAGUAAUAGGAUAUUAUGUCCCUUAUUCUUAGAGGAAAAGUUAUUCAAAAUAAGAAUUCAUAAAUACAUUUACAUUUUGACUCGUAGUUGUUAAAAACAGAAUUUUUAUUAAAUGCCGAAGAUUUGAAUAUUAGAAGAUUUCUAAAAAUCUUAACUUUCAAAGAGACUAUAAAUACAAAAGGUCUAUAGCCACCAUCUUUGAUAAUACACUAAGAUAUAAACUACGAAAUGGCAUCAAAAAUCACAUCCUUCUUCCUCAUAGCUCUCGUCAUCGCUAGUGCAAUGAUGGUGACUAUGCCGACGACAGCAGAAGCUCAAAUCUUUCUUCCUUGCAGAACAAUGGUAGAUUGUGAAUACCUUCACUGCUCAAGCGGGACAGCUCUAUGUGUAAACAGACAAUGCCAAUGUACGACUCAUCAAACAAAACUCGACAACUUAAAGGAGAUGGACCAUGCUAAGAAGUGCAAGUUGACUAAAGAUUGUGAUCCUCGUAUGAGAUUUACAUGUGUCUCCGGUUCUUAUAUGUGUUUUGAUGACCUAUGCAUUUGUACCAAUUAACUGCACGUGUUUUAAACAAUACAUACAGUACUUUUAUAAUUUUUUUGCUUUUAUUA